UACGCCGAGAUGGGCUGGUUCCCCCUUAUUUGCCGUCACGGGAUCGUGCUAGCCUAUACAGACAUGAUCAAGGAGUUCGAAAACGCAAAACUCCCCUUGGCCUUGGUCCAGUGGCUGGGACAGAGGUACCCGGGCCGCAUAAUCUUUGGGUACGACAUAGGAUGCAGCUUUGAAAAGACUUUCCAACACGCACCCCUGCUUUCCCGC